AUGUUUUCGCGGCUGUGCAAGAACACGAUCUUCCCGACGGCGGCUGGGUCGGGCUCGACGGCCCCAGGCAGUGCCACGGAUCGAAGCGCACCUCCAUCGACGAGAGCGUCCACCACCGCAACGGGAACAUCCCAAUCCAACCCACGGCCAGCCGAGACCGCAGCGGAACCGGGCCCACCAUCACCCACACCACACCCGGCCAACGGUUCCGUAGCGGUCGUUGCGGCGGCCAUCGCUGCCGAUCGGCGUCGGCGUCGCCAGCAGCAACUGGGCGGCCGCAAUCUUCCAUCACUGCCGGUUCUGCCACCGAGAUCGCGCGGUCCGAUAAGACCCCCGGAACCACCGCCACCGUACUGGGCCCAUUUUGCGCACCGACCGGUUCCAACGCAGCCCACCGAGUGGGCUGAAGGUGCUGUAGCUGUUCCAGCUCCUGCCGGUGGUGCUGCCAGGGGGCACAACUCCGCCACGACCACCGAUGACAGUGAUACCAGCAAUGACAGACCCCGUACACAGCGUGGCAGAUCAACGUCCGGUGACAGCUCAUCGACUGGUGGUGGGAGGGUGCCCGGCACGAGAGGCAAUCCGGUGCAGCACCAAGGUGGUCCGGAACGGGCUGCCACGACGCAACAUCGCUACAACGUGCCGAAUCAGCAGCGCCAGCGCAUUAAGGAACAUUUGUUAAGCCAGGAUGCGUUCUGUCCCGAUUUGGUGCGUAACUGUAAGAACAUUGCCACGGAAUCACCCGAACGUCAAUCAUCGCCCGCGCCAGUAGAGUACGCCGAGAUAGGCGAGCUGAGCCGUGGUUUCGCAUCCGCUGCCAUUAACGUCGGUGCGUCGACUUCCUCGGGCAGAGUGGCCGUACCGGAACAGGUCAGCGUAGAGCCACCGGGUGCUACCAUGGGGCAAAACUUGAGUAUUCGUAGACCAAAGAUUUCACUGACAUGGGUGCUGCGGGAGCAAUCGCGCGAGGGUUCUGCAACGGGCUCCAACGGCUCGGUUCAUCACCAUCAUCAGCAGCAGCAACAGCAACACCAGCGGGAUCAGCAAGGUGUGGUGAAGCCUUCCUCCAGGGUGUCACCGGUGGACAAAACGAGCCACGGUACAUCGAGCUCCGGAGGUGAUAGUACUUCUUCCGUUCCGCUGCAUGGAGUUGGAGGAAAUAGUGCCGGUGCUGGAAUCACGGGAUCCGUGGGUCAACCGAAUCCGGUUACCGUACUCAAUGGGCACAAUCACCAUCACCACCACGUGAUCGUCCGGAAGAAAUCGAGAACGCGCAGCAAGGAACGACUGUUCAGCGAGAAGUACGUCAGUGACAACAACCUUUCGGAAUAUCACAGCGAGAAGCUGCGCAGUGUGGCGCAAGCGAACGAGUAUACGGUGGCGCCAUCUGCCGGCACGGUGUUACCCACCAAUGGGUCCUCCAAUCUGUACCGCAAAAGCAACCGCAAGAACAGCGAACGAUUGAAGAAGAAGGAACGGUUGUUGUUGUACUCGAACGGGACGACAGUUGAUGGGACCGUGCACCACAACAACAACAGCCUGCACGCGGUUAACCUCAACAAGGAACCGGGGGAAGGUUUGAAGGAGAAGCUAGCGGUGGCCCUCAAGAACACGUACUCCGAGCCGUCCCUGUACACGACGGUUUCGGAACCAUCGGCAUCUACAAAGCACCGGCAUCACCGGCAUCAUCAUCGGAAACGUCGGGAGCGUUACCGAUCGCAACGGUUCGGGUACGAGAUCCACAAUGUGGACGAGUUCCUGUCCAAGUGUUCACUUUCGUCGCCUGGGAACAUCCCAGUCGUCCUGUCGUCAGCUGCCACACUCUAUCAGACCCGUCCGGGAUGCUACCAGAUCGAGAUACCGCUUCCGCUCGGCAUGGUCGUGAACGCGGUGUUCAAGAACCAAAACUGGCUGUACGUGCAGACACCCCACGCUGAGGAAGGUUACGUGGCGUACGACACGUGUCUUCCGCUCGGUAUACUGCCUUCAAACCAAAGAUCUUCAUCCAGCUCGAAGCCCACACCGUGCUGGGAAUCGAAUAAGGACAUCUUCCCGAAACCGUGCGGUAACCUGACCGACAGCGAGAAGGAAAUCCAACAGCUACGCGGUGGCACUCGAUCGGAGGGUCGUCGCACACCACGGCUCAAGCGAAGUAGCGCCAACAGCCGCAGUGCAGCCUCGAUCACGACCUGCAACAGUGAGCGUGAUCUGGACUCGCUGUACCUGCGUACGGUGGCCUCCAACCAACCGAAAGUGGCCGAUGGACAGACGCAGUACGCGCAGCUGAAGCUCACCACGAAGGUCCUGAGUACGGUGGCGCCUUCUGUAAAGUCAGAAAAGGCGCUCGCGAUCGAACAGCUCGAGAAGCUGAUCUGCUCCGGUAGCGGUGAUUACGUGCAUCUGCUGAAGCAGCAACAACAGCAGCUGUUGCUGAAGCAGCAACAGUACAUCGCGCAACUCCGUCAGCAAGGGAACCAGGGAACCGGGAAGGCUGAUUCACCGCCGGGAGGGGGCAAGUACCCGGCCAGUGGUCAAGGACCGCACAUCAUCAACGGCAGUAAUCAUCUGCGGAUUGCACUUGGUGGUGCAGCGCCGACAAACGGAAUGGCGGGUGGUCCAGCUGCGGCUGUCCGGCAGACACUGUUGGCCAUUACGGAGAACUACUGCUCGGAGGUGGUGUCAGUGCAUAAGGGGGACGUUGUGACGCUGCUGGCUUGCAAGGAGUACCAAGAGAAGGGCCUGAAGAACUACAAGCAGUGGUUCUUCGUGAGGACGCGCGAUGGCCACGAGGGGUACAUUCCGGCGGAAGCGGCAGGGCAUGGGUUUCUUUAG